AUGUCAUCACUUAUUUUUCUACUAUUUCUUGUUGGUACAAUCUCGGCUGCCUUUAAAGGUGAACGAGAAUUUGAAGUAAAGCAAGCUAGUUUAUUAAAUCUUGGCCGAACUUAUACAAUAACUGAAACAGGAAAACUUAAUGCUGGCGAAAAUGCAGGACGUUUUACAAUUGAAAAUGAUAUGUUAAGCCCUCGCCGAAAACUUAUCUUACUUGAAAAUGGUAAACCACUUUAUGAAUUUAAACAUAAAAUGGGACAUCUCUAUCAAAAAUGGCAUGUCUAUGAUUCACGAACAGGUGAAACAAUUGGUACAUUUAGACAUCGUCCAUCACUUAUUCAUGAUUCAUAUAAACUUACAUCAACUAAACUUGGAAUGUAUCGUAUUACUGGCAAGUUUGGUAAUCGAACAUUUAAAGUUAAACGAGAUGGUCAAAAAGUUGCUGAAAUUCAUAAAGAUCGUCUUCAUCUUCAUGAUACAUAUAGUGUUAAAAUUCAAGCUAGUCAAGAUCCAGCUGUUAUUUUACUUAUUACUAUUGGUAUUGAUGAAAUUCGUCAACAUUAA